AAAUCAAACUACCGUGCAUCAAAUAUACAGUAAUUUUACUCUCUUGGAUUUACAGACACUUUGAAGCCCCUUUUUCGCCAAGCAUGGGCUGCAGAAAAGAGUCAGGAAGAUAGGAAAAUAGACUGAUAAAUGAAAACGGAAGCGUGCAGAAGGAAGAGAAACAAAAACCACGCAUCGGUUUCCGGAGCUUCUCUGUCAACAAACACCUGACCUCGACCUCCUCGGACGGUGGUAGAAAAAAUACUGGUUGUUGAAAUGGAGAUGUCGAGAUUUUCUCUCAUCCCGUCUCCUCCUCCAGCACGCGCGCUGCUGAGGCUGCUGAUGAUGAUGAUGUUUGCGUAGGAGUGUUGUAUUUUGCGGACGGCGUUGGUACACCAGUCUCUCUACUGUUCAAACAACUCCAGACGAGCGGUGGAUGGAACUGCCUGCUCCAAACAUAUCUCUCCGGAGAUGCUAUUUUAAUUAUCAUUGAAGCCUGGCACGUUUUUUUUACUCUCUUUGGAGUGUUUUUUUUUCACGUCUUUCUGUGAGUCGGGGAUGUUUUGCACGUGGAAGCGGAUUGUGUCUGGAAAAGUAGUCUAAAGGCAAAGAUUAAGAGAAUCAAAGCGGGCAUUUUGCAUUUAAUUAACACCUAAAGUGGAUCAGACUCCAUCCUUCCUUUGAUAUCUUUUUCUUCAGUGUUUUGCAGACUACUUUACCAACAUUGGUGGCUUUGUUCCCCUCUUUUUAGUCUCAUUAUUUAGUGACUGAGGUUGAAACAAACUCCAACCAGCAGAGGUCGAGUCCUGAGCUCCAAGGAGCCACCAGUACCCUAGAUGUGACCCAGGAAUUUCCUCUUAUCUCUGAAGGGUGUUGAUGGAGAGCCUUUCGAAUGACAGCCGGGACAGUGGUCAUCACUGGUGGAAUUCUUGCUACGGUUAUAUUACUCCUUAUCAUCGCUGUACUGUGCUACUGUAGGCUGCAGUACUAUUGCUGUAAGAAGGAAGAGUCCGAGUCGGAGGAGGAGGAGCCAGACUUUGCCGUCACGUCUCGCAUCCCACCGGUCCACUCCAAUCACAACAUUGUGGCGGCGACGGCCGCCGCCUCCUCCAUCCCAAAUGGCCCCGCCCUUUUCUCCACCCCCCCUCUGGCCCGGAAACUGACACGCUCACAGACCUUCUGUCCAUCCUGUACGCACUAUGAGCUGCCUUUCUACCUCCAGCCGCCUCAGCCGCAGAUCCACCAUCAGCCUGAUGGGUUGAGGAACGGAGGAGACCGGAUCAGCUACCGCAGCGUGCAGCAGCAAGACCUGGAGCUUCCUGUGCCUGUGAACAUUUCAAACUACAGGAAACCAAACCUGGCCCGCUCGGUCACCAUGAGGGAAAUGUUCCAACGCAGCUGUAGCAUCAGCACUGAUGUUUAGCUGGGACACAAGUGAAUUAAGAUGGCCUAGGCUGGACUGGGCUUAAGUCUGAUUGUUUUCUGUCAUCUUGACCAGUGUAGUCCAGUCUGGUGUUGUCUGAUCCAGUCUGCUCUUGUUCUACUGCGCUCCUCCUGCAGAAUGAAGGACUCAGACUGCUCUCAGGACAGGAUUUUUAAAGGUACUAUGCUCAGGUCCAGGACAUUGCUCUUGGGCUGAAAAAAGAUUUAAAGUAUUUAAAAAAAUGUUAAAUUAACUCCUUGCUGUGGCUUGUUUUGAAUAGUUAUUUUUUAAACUUAAAGAAUGGCUUUUGUUUUACGAUUUGAUAAAGUUUGUUUAGCCCUGAGUCCUCUGAACUUUUCUACCCAUGGCCUGAAUGAUAGACAAAUUCCUGCCAUGUCCAAAUGACAUAAUCAGCAGGGAUUUUCUGUCUGCCAUCGCUGCUACAGACAAAAUAUGAUUAGGUGAAGUCCAGUGGUUUCUCCCCCUCCCGUGGUGGGAUGAUCUGUCUGUUCCUCCAUCCACAGAUUAGAAAGAUUAUAAAAUAUCACUCUGGAGCAGUGGAAAGCUAGAAGAGGAAGGGGGGAUACUAUGUUUAAGCUGCCAGCCGCAGACAUUUUAGACUUAUCUUAACUUAGGCCAUAAUAUUUUAAGACAUAAAGGGCUCACAGAAGAUGGAAAUCCCUGCUUGUUUUUCACAUCCUUUAUCAUAGAGGGCUCCAGUUCAACGGGGGACUGCUUUCUCUGAUACACCACACUACACUUCUACAGAAAAAGACCUCUGAGUGCAGGCGGGUUGGUGCCAAAGGGGGGGCGGGCUCUUGCAUUUUUUGUGUGAUUGUGUGACUGUGCUUGCAUGCGUGUGCGUGUAUAACUUUAACUUGUUAUACCAGAGCUCUUAUUCCAUACAGUUUAACACAGUCUGUCACCUCUACUGUAUGUAUACUAAACCCAGAGUGGGGUUGCAAUAACAUUUUGAAAAUUUAAUGUAAAGAGUGAAGGGACUGUAUUGAUUUUUGUGUGCGCUGUUGUUUUUAAACUUCUGACUGACUCAGCCAGAUCAUUUCACUAAAUUUGAAGCUAUUUUGUAAAUGUUAAUUUUACUGAUUUAUGCCGUAACAGGCUGGAUUUUCAGGCGACAGUCAGCGCAGAAACUCUUUACAAUGUGAACUGAAGUCUCAGCUUUAUGGACUCUUCACUGCAUUCUUUGUGUCGUCCCCAAUUUGUUGAUACAUAGAUUCAUGUGCUGAAGAAAUUUCACUUUUAAAGCAACUUUUAUAAAUAUUUAACAGGCCAUAUAGCAUACACCCCAGUCCCUCUCUCGCUCUUUCUCUCUCUUGCUCUCUCUCUUUGCUUUCCACUCGUUGGACUGAGGAAUAUUUGCUCUGAGAGUUCAUCUAGGGAUGCUUUUGAUUUUCUGCGCUCGGCUAAGCGGCCUGGCUGGAGGGCUCAUUGUAACAGGAGGAGCAUUUUGGACAAAGAAACACACUUAAUGAAUGAAGUUAAUUAAAGCUUGAUUUGAAGAAGAAAUGCUGCCAGUAGAGUGAGGAGCUUGAAGCUGAUUGGACAACCCCCACUCCCUCCCUUUAAAUGGAUGCUCUUUCUCUUUUGCUUCGCUUUGAUUUCUUUGCGUCUCUGUUAAUUUUUUAUCAUGCUCAUUUAUUUUCCCAAAGGGUGAAACAGUGAGUGAUUUUGUUCUAAUUUUCCCCCUCUUGUGACAUGUGCUUCCCUGCAAAUACACAACAAACCAUACACACAAACAGAGUCGUCGAUGCUUUGCUUUCCUAACUUUUUAAACAGAAAUGUGACAGUUGCACAAGAAAUGUAGUGCCAUAAAGACUUAUGAGAGAAUUAUUAAUAUUAUUAUUAUGAGUAUCAUUAUUAUUAUUACAAGUGUAUAUUCAAAUGCAGUGUUGCUUUAACCCUGAAGUAUUUGAAUUACUCGCUUUAUUUUAUGAUCCAGCUGGUUUUUCAGACUCAGUACAG